AUGGGCUGUCUUCAAUCCACGCAAACAGCAUAGCAUAAUGUUAAAAAGAUAAAAGCAGGUGUUGCUUAGCUCAGGUAGCUCUAUAACAUAAAUCCAAAGGUUUUAGGAUCUGGUACCUUUGGUAAAGUGUUUUAGGCAGAGAAUAAAUCUGACUCAUCUCACAAAGUCGCAAUAAAAGUCAUAUCUAAACAAAAAUUAUCAAGAGAGGAAAUUGAGGCAUUGCAUGAUGAGGUUGCUAUACUAUAGAAUCUAGAUCACCCUAAUAUAGUCAAGUAUUAUGAGACUUAUGAUGAUGUGAAGUUUAUUUACUUGGUGAUGGAACUUUGCCCAGGAGGAGAGUUAUUUGAAAAACUAACCAGUAAUAUGCAGCCUUUUGGAGAGAACCAAGCAGCUUCAAUCAUGGAUAAGUUACUAAGAGCUAUCAUCCAUUGUCAUAAGUAAAAUAUAGUUCACAGGGAUAUCAAACCUGAAAAUAUUAUGUAUGGCAACGAUGGUGAGGUAAAGUUCAUUGAUUUUGGUUUGGCUAAAUAAACUGCAAAAGCCAAUUAAAAGUUGCAUACAGUAGCAGGUACACCUUAUUUCAUCUCCCCUGAAGUUUUAAACGGUAACUACGGCAAGGAAUGCGAUUUGUGGUCACUAGGAGUUGUACUCUAUCUGAUGAUCACAGGCAAAUAUCCUUUUGAUGGCAAUAGUAGGGCUGAAGUUUUUACCAAGAUUUAAAAAGGCUAGUUUUCUUUUCCUGAGUCAGUUCAAAAAAAGGUUACACCUGAGUGCAUUGAUAUUGUUAAAAAAAUGUUAACUGUCGAUAGAAACAAGAGGCUUAGCGGUGAAAAUGCUCUAAAACAUCCUUGGUUUGAAAAAUGUCUAAAGAAAUUAGAAGGCUCUUCUAAUAUACUUGAUGUAGAGGUUAUGAAGAAAUUGAGAGAAUUUAAAGGCAGCUCCACUUUAAAAAAAGCAGCAUUAAAUGUCUUAGUUAAAAUGCUAAACCCGAAAGAAAUUGAGGGACUUAGGAUCGAAUUUUAAAAGAUAGACACUGACAAUUCAGGAUUUAUUGAAAUAUAAGAACUUGAAAAUGCGCUUAAGAAUGCCAAUUACGACAUGAGUGCUAAUGAGAUAAAAUAAAUAGUAAGUGAGCUUGACUAUUCUGGGAACCACAAGAUAAAUUAUACUGAAUUUCUUGCAGCUACAAUAUCAGUCUAGAAAUUCUUAACACAUUAAAAGUUAGAAGCUAUUUUCAGGCAAUUCGAUAUCGAUGGUAAUAAUGAGAUAACUUAAGAAAAUAUUAAGGAUGCUAUGGCGAAACUUGGUAAAGAUAUAUCCUAGGAAGAACUUGAAGAAAUAAUGAAGAGGCAUGAUUAUUCAGGAGACAAAGCAAUCUCAAUUGAUGAAUUCAAAAAGAUGAUCUUGGGUAAUGAUUGA